CCUCUCUGUAUGCAGCGCUGUGAUUGGACGCUGGCUGCUUGUCAGGAAGAAAGAGCUGCUGUGUUGAGGCCGAAAACUCAGACACAAGCAGGACCUGGAAGAUACCGGAGUACCUCGGUGGAAGGGAUAUACACUAUAGUUAACGCUCGGAAGGCGUUUUGAAGCAGCCGGUCUAUAGCGGAGUGCCGGCUGGCUCUCCGUGCUCCUGCUGUCGAGGCCGCCGCGGUUCUGCCUCCCCCCCCCGACUGUGUGUCGCUGCCUGCUGGUCACAGUAAUCCAGACCCGCUGCUAUUAACGACACUGACGCUGUUGUGUGGCGACGCAGCCACGAACCUGUCUAAGAUUUAAGUCUUUAUCCAGUCCGGAGACAUAAGGACUCAGCUGUUGCUGCCGGUAGUCGGGGUUUAACGGCUGAGGCUGCCGGGACCGGUUAAACAUCCCGAUAAAGCUCCAACUACAUGGAACAAGUCGGCGGCUUAUUUUGCGCUAGAACUGUUAUGACUGACCUAUAAUACAGUCGUCUCGUUUUGAAGCAGCACCGCGGGCUGUAUCCGAGGAUUUAUUUGAUGAAGGCAUCCUGAAAGCGGCAGUUUGAAGCCUCUGCAUCAGUGCCAUGAAUCAGCCUGGACAACAGCUGCUACCAACAUAGAGGUCACUUCACCUCUCUUUCCAUUUGCUUCGGUCCAGAGGAUGCUGGGAAUGUGUCGCGGGCGCAGGAAGUUCCUGGCGGCCUCCCUCGCCCUGCUCUUCAUCCCAGCACUCACCUGGCUUUACCUGUCAGUUGGGAGCUUUCAAGACCAUCCACGUGGCCAUCGUGUGUGCAGGUUACAACGCCAGUAGAGACGUGGUGACGUUGGUUAAAUCUGUCCUUUUCCACAGGCGGAACCCACUACAUUUCCAUUUCAUCACAGACUCCAUUGCUCAGCAGAUCCUGUCCUCUCUGUUCCAUACCUGGAUGGUUCCUGCCGUCAGGGUUGACUUCUAUGACGCAGAUGAGCUGAAGUCGGAGGUGUCCUGGAUCCCCAACAAACAUUACUCCGGGAUCUAUGGCCUGAUGAAGCUGGUGCUCACUAAGACGCUGCCAUCCGACCUGCAGAGAGUCAUUGUCCUGGACACAGACAUCACAUUCGCCACAGACAUUGCCGAACUCUGGGCUGUCUUCCACAAGUUCAAAGGUAACAAAAGGAGAGUGGAGAGUGAACUGGCAGGAGCAGGUUGUCGCAGCCAUAUUGGCAGCAAUGGAGAAAUAGUCAUCCAGUGUCACACCCAGGUAUCUUCCAGUCCGAACUGGGGACACCAUGGAGUUCUCAAUUGUAACAAAGAGGUCAUGGACAAGAGAUGCCUUCCCUGGAAGAAGGAGGAUCUCCAUGCUUCUGAAAGCCUUCCUAAAGGGGGCUGCCUGCUCUCUGCCGCCUGCUCCAAUAAGCACUCAUUAAUCUUACUUACAGCCUUCAUUAAAGCUGCCACCGCUCCACCCGUGCCCACUCUCCACGCUCAUAUCUCCUCCCUAAUGCCCAUCUCCUCGACCUUUAUCUCUGCCCAGCUUGGCUUUCAUAAUCUCUCGCCCCGAAGCCCACGAGUGAUUUUGCUUCUCCUGGAUCGUCUACGGAAGCUAAGAUGGGAGCAGAUGUGGAGGCUGACUGCAGAGAGGGAACUAAUGAGCAUGCUGUCCACCUCCUUGGCAGACCAGGACAUCUUCAACGCUGUGAUCAAACAGAACCCGUUCCUGGUUCACCAGCUGCCCUGCUUCUGGAACGUCCAGCUGUCUGACCACACCCGCUCUGAGAAGUGCUACAAAGACGUGUCAGACCUCAAGCUCCAGAAGACUCUGUCAGAACUGGACGAAGAUGAUCCUUGCUACGAGUUUCGUCGAGAGCGUUUCACCGUCCACCGAACUCACCUCUACUUCCUUCACUAUGAGUAUGAACCCAGCUCUGACAGCACUGACGUCACCCUAGUCGCCCAGCUCUCAAUGGACAGGUGUGAAAGUGGACAGGACAGGACAGGACUCUGCCGGUGUUAUAGAAUAAUUUCAGGGCCAGAGCUCAGGCCCCCACACAGCCAGGACCUGGGCCUGGCAGUCACUCAUGUCGUCGGUUACAGCUUUUACAUCCUGGAAGUGAUCUCCUCGUGGAUGAUCUCUUCUAUCCACAGCAGAGGACAAAGAAUGGACAUAAAGACCCUUGCAGUCCCAACACUGAGGGUCAAACGUUCUAAAAAAGUCUGA